GCCCCGACAAUGGCUCAGCUCACCUUGUCACUUCAACGGAUAUAAAUUUAGAAGAAGAGUUGAUUGAUUCAAGUGAAAACUCAGUGUCCAAACGAAGUCAUUGUCCAAGCAAGUCCAGCCAGUCGAAACUGUAUAUGUAUCUGAAGAAUUAGAAGCAGAAAAUAAAGGCACACCUACUCGAAAAGAAUUCCUUGGACAUCUUUUCUCCUUCUACUUGUCACACCUUAAAUCUUGUUGGGGUUGAUUCUACACAGUCAUGUGAUGAAGUCAAAUCAUUCUUUGGAUAUGUCCAAAAACUGUAUAAUUUAUUAAGCCCAGCCUAAUAAAUCCUUCUUGAAUGCACAGGUGCAUCACUUCACGCAACAUCGACAACUCGUUGGUCUGCAAUAAUAGAGGAUGUUAAGCCCAUUGCAAGCAAUCUACCUGGUGUUUUGAAGGCUCUUGAUCAACUGGGUGAUACCAGUUUAUCUGCAGAAGCAAUGGAAGUUUGGUCUAUCCUUUUGAAUUAUUUCAAAUCCUUCAAGGGUUUGAUCCUGCUCACAUUUUGGUACAAGAUUCUUGUUCCAAUUCACACCGCUAAUUUGCUGAUGGAAACGAGCAUUUCUACAAUUGACGAGGCAGUAAAGCAGCUUGAUGUGCUUAUUGAAGAAAUAAAAGCCAUCAGAGAUAAUUGGGAUGCCAUCGUGAAUGAAGCAAAAUUCGUUGCUGAAUCGCUUGAAAUUGAUUCAGUUUUUGAGUCAAGGCGAAAAAGAAAGCGUAGGGCUGACAAUAGAAACGAAUCCUGUGGAUUGUCCAACGAAGACGAAUCCAAAUUAAAUGUCUUCUAUGUUGCGUUUGACUCUGUCUUGACCGGGAUUUCACUGAGAUGUCGAGAAACAAGAAAUAUUGCCUCAAAUCUCAGCUUCUUAUGGCGAUACGUGGAAAUGGAAGAAACUAAGUUGAACAGCGCUGUAAAAGAGUUUGCAGCCAACUAUGCUACUGAUGUUUCUCCGGAUCUACUAGAAGAAAUGAUUCAACUACGACAUCUCCAUCGAUUAAAGUUUGGAGACGUUUGUUUGAGCCCCUUAGAUCUCCUUAAUAAGCUGGAGGUCUGGGAUUAAUGAGUCUUUUUCCAAAUCUCUUCAUCGUGUUGAGAAUUUUUUGCUGUCUUCCAGUUACUGUUGCGAUCACUUGAGGACAACAAUGGGACAAGUCCAGCUUAAUGACUUGGCUGUGCUAUCACAUGAGCGAGACAUUGCUCGAAAAGUAGAUUUGCAAGAUGCUAUUAAUGCGUUUGCUGAAGGAAAAGCUCGCAAAGCUUUACUCUCGGACAGCUAAAGACAUUAAAGCUUACUAGAGUGUUACCUUGCCUGUUAACCUAUUUUGUUUACUUGAUGGGUAUUUUGUUUGUUAACAGUUAUUUGAUUUAUUAUUAUGACUUCCCUGAUUCAAAAAUUAACAUUUUGAAAAAUUGAAGACUUAUUGACGGGCCCCUAUCUGGCGCCGGGCCCCUGGGCAGUUGCCCCCCUUACCCCCCCCCCUCUCGGUGGGCCUGCAGCUAUUACUUAGGAUACAUGAGAGGGAAUUUCAAAAGUUGCGUUAGAGUAGACGUAUUAAAUUUCUUAACCUAUUUUGCAAAAAAAUUGGGAAGAGAAGGGCUAUAGCCCCUACUAGCCCAAUGGCUGUCUGGUGCUUGUCAGUGACCGAAAGUUUGAUAAAAUCCUUAUCCUAACGAACACAGACAAAAUGAAGCUGCUUUUGAAGUCAGUGAUGUAAACUGCUUUUUCCUUAUAAAUUUGAAGAUAAUCGCUUUAGUUUGUAUUUCACAAUGUUUUAUUGUUCUUAAACAAAGUUUGCAGUUUUCUUAGUUAAGAAGCUGUAUCAUGCAAUGAAAACCUGCGCACGGCUCUCUUGCAGUUUUUAUAAUUAUACUGUUUGCUUUCAAAUGUCAAUAUGUCUUUAAAAAAAAUGAGCCAAUUAAAGUAGCAACAUUGUCAUGCAUUAUUCAUAUACUAAAUGUCCCCAUCAAAGCUUAAAACAAGGAGCUAUCCGUAAAUAUAUCUACAUGCAAUUCAUAACAGAGACGUAGGGCGGAUUUUCCAGGUGGUCGUGUUUGAAUUCAAUUUAGCUUUUUAUAUGCAUCUUGAGUUAAUUUUUAGAUUGUUGCAGGUUUGUUCGAGAGAUGAAUCAUGCCCAUCUUCCAGACAUGCACUAGUCUCCGUUUCGGCGUCAUUGCACAUGCGCAUAAUCACUUGAAGCCCUGGCAGGAAGUUUAAGAAUUAUGUGGUCGCAGACAGAACAUUGAACUGAGGCAGAACAGCUGUACAAAUACUGUUAUCAAUGCGCAUGUGCAAUGAGCCUGCAACACUGAUUGGUUUAAGACGCUAUUGUUUCGAAACAAAGGACACUGAUAGUUUCGUCUCCCGAACAAAGUUAGAGAAGAUCCUGGUAGAGGUUAGGAUGUCAAAGCAUCUAAAAGAUAAGUUUUGAUUUCUUUCAGUGAUAUCUACUUCAGUAUCUGUUAAAGUGAGAACAAAGCUUUACAAACACAGAUAUUCUGAGACGUAAAGCUACAUUUCUGUCGCUGAAUACACGUCGUUUGCAAGCAAAGUUUCUGCAAUGCUCGAAAAGGACUCAAAGUUUUUCGUUGCCCUAUUCUGCAUCAGUUUGAUCACAGCUUUUUGCAGUGCUGCAUCUUUUGACAAUUACGAUACAACAAUUGGCCUCAUAAGGAAAGUAUUACAGGACACGAAGUUUGAAUGUAACUCAAAUGUCGUCACCAUUUACAAUGUCAGUAGCCAUUUGCAAUGCGUCCAUCAUUGCCUGCGACAAUUUUCUUGUGAAAUUGUCAAUUUUAAAGUGAACUUAACUGGAGAAGACAAUUGCGAGGUGUACAAUUUGCCAAGCAAAGUCUGCUCCAAAACAGCACUUCAUGACAAAUGGAUAGCCACAAUUCUACAGCGAAAUGGUUCACAUAAUGGAAAAGUUUACAAGAGCUGUAAAGAACUGCACGAUGAAAAAUCAAACCUACAUAGUGGAGUUUUUGAGCUAGAGUCAGGAUCGAAUAUAUGUAUGAUGGGCUCAAUCGAGGGCUGUGGAGGAGGAGGGUGGACACUAGCGAUGAAGCUGAACGGCUCGAAGUCGACAUUCUCUGGAGAUUCUAUCCUUUGGAGCACCAUGGAUUUAUACAAUGCUGAAGAUGGCUUAAAAUCAUUCAGUGGAAUCGAGGCCAAGUUUCCCGCCUUUAAUCAUGUCAAUUUCACAGCAAUGUGCAUUGGGAUGCGAAGCACUGGCUCAACAAAAUGGCUUAAGAUCCCAUUAACAUCAACGUCUCUGUUGCAUUUGUUUUCUUCAGCAGAAUAUUACCCAACAAACAUUGGUCGUCAAACAUGGAAGAGUCUGAUGCCAGACUCUUCUUUGCAACUUGGUUGCACUCGCGAGGGUUUGAAUGUAAAAGAUGGGAACAAUCUAUUAAAAGCCAGAAUUGGUAUAAUAGGGAACAAUGAAGAAGACUGUCUAACGCCUGAUUCGUUUUUGGGCCUAGGCGCACCAUACUACGCUUUUGCUUCAUUACAAACCAUAUACAGCGGAAAUUAUGCAUAUUUUAUCCCGGAUAAUGGUCUUAAGGCAGUACCAGCAUUUGGGUACAUUUUGGUGAAAUGAAAUAGAAAUAUUUAAGUCUAAACGUGUCUGAAAACCCGAUCAGCAAGAAUGAAGAGCACAAAACAACUACUCAAGCAGAGUCACGAAAAUUGGCGGUUGUGCAAAGUAGCAGUUGCACAAAGUGGCGGUGGCACAAAGCGACGGUUGCAUAAUUUGAUGGUUGCGCAAAGUGGCGGUUGCACAAAGUAGCAGUUGCCCAAGGUGACGGUGGCACAAAGUGACGGUUGCAUAAGGUGGCGGUUGCACAAAGUAGCGGCUGCACAAAGUAGCAGUUGCCCAAGGUGGGGGUGGAACAAAGUGACGGUUGCAUAAGAUGGCGGUUGCACAAAGUAGCGGUUGCACAAAGUAGCAGACAUGUUGCACAAAAUGGCAGAAUGACUUAAAAUUUUAUCUUCUAAAAGUGACCUCUCUUUGCAAAAAGUCCAUUCGUUUAAUAUGAGGGAGGUUGAUUAGAAGUUCUAUAUUGUAUGUUUAAGCAGUAAACGUUGUAAGCAAAUGGUUGGCAGAAAUUGUAAAAAUUCUUCACAGCUAUGAUCAAAUAAAAGUACAAGCAUAGAUAUUAUCCAAAUACAUAAAUAUUAAAAAUGGAACAAUAAUGGCCUAGUACAACGGCCAAAGAAAACUAAAGAAGGAGAACGUGGUUAGAAAGUUCUAGAAAAGUGUCUCCUUGACUAAUCAGCUUAAACAUGAUACAAAACAUGAUUAUGGUAAAAAUUAUUACAUAUUUUAAUACUCCCACUUGAUGAUUAUGCAUUAUGAAAGUUACUGCUCAGUUUAAUAACAAACAUUGAGCUAAAGACAAAUUUUUUGAAAAGAUACUUUAGUCAACCUUUUAGUCAUAGUGAGAGCUAUCAUCCCUCACUCCAAUAUCUUUUAAAUUUGCUUCCACUUGGAUGGAAAUAUAUGCAACAUCAAUGUUUUUUUCUGUUGUGAAACUGGGGGCUUUUAGAAACUUCUACUGUCCUUUGUUUUUCUUGCAGUAUACAAGCGGCAUAAUAAUAUACAAUAAUUCCUCGAUUUAACGCCCAGGGCUAUUUCAGCGCCUAUUUGAUGGGGAGGGGGGGGGGGUGGUUAAUUGCAAACUUCAAGAAAGCGACAGAAAAAAUGAAGCUUAUAAAACAUGAAGAUCUACAUGUAUCUACAAAAGAGAUAGUGACAAGUUUAAUUCAGAUAUUGGAAUUAUAAUCUAUGUCCUUGUUUUAAGGCACAUUUCCAUGGAAUCAUCAUUCCUGUUCAAAUCUUUAUUGAACAAUGUAGAGACAAACUCGUUCACUGCAUCCGUUAUUGGGUCUAGAAAAAAAGAAAAUUAUUUGGCUAUGCCUUGCCUUUAUCGAGCAACAACAAAGAGAAUGCAAGUCACCAUGGUUUUGCACAGGAAAUUUAUUGGAAACUUUUGCUUCUUCAGAGAGCACCUAUUCAAGGGGCAACUUAUUCAAAGGAGGCACUUGUUUGAAACUUUGGCUUCUUUAGGGGGCGCCUAUUCAAAGGGGGCGUUUAUUCGAAAGGGCGUUUAUUCGAGGAAAUACUUUAGCUUCUUGGAGCAGCAAGCGAUAAGGGAAUUUACUCAGCCUCUGUUGUAGACAUUGCGACAGUAGCUUGCAGGGGAUCGUGACUACGCGGUAAGGGGAGGAGGAUGUCACAACCCUAAACAGAAAGUCAAUGGGAAAUUUCAAAUAGAGCCCGUUCAGUUGAAGAAACGUUUAGGCAAUUCGUAGACCGUCACGUUUUAAAAUCAAUAACCAAUCUCACCCGUUAUUUACUUUUGAUUACAUAAAGGCAGCUUCAAAAUCAUAGGAUUACAUCACAAAAAUACGUUACCAAAAUAUUACCUCCCCCCUCACUCCCCACAUUUUCUAAUCGAAAAUAGACGAAAUGCAUAUUGAUCCUGCCGAGAACUGGGGGGCAUGUUCCCUCCAGUUCGCCCCGUGGCGCUGCUAUUUUGUGCUUUCGCCAAUGUACAGAUCUAUAAGAUUGGAAGGUUUGAUACUGUAAUGUAAAUAGAUUUUGCGAAUUACAUGCCAUAAAAUCAAUUUGACAAAAUUUUUGUAGAUUAUUGUUUCAGCAACUGAAGAAUUUCAGGAAAUUUUCUUAUCGGGCAAAUUCUUAGUAACCCCCCCCCUCCCCACAAGACCUGCUUCACAACGGCCCUGGUGGCUUGUGUUUUGCUACACUGACUGACUCAGAUAUUCCGAUUUGGGAAACAUAUCCUGGUGUUGAUUGGCGAGUAUCAGGAUCUCCAGCCUAAACAGAAUCUGAGAAUUCAUUCAACUAAAGGACUUUCCCAACUUUGGAGGAUCUUGAACCAAAAUUUAGGGUUGCCUUCAGUCAAAUAUUUAGCAAACACGCUUUCUGUGACUUUAGAAAAUAGAAAAUUACUCCUUAUGUGAUUAGUCACCGUCCAAUCAAGGGCUUGUGGCAGGGUCAGAUAAGGAAAGUAAAAAAUAUAAUUAAAAAGCGGAUAAAGUAAGUACCAAAAUGGAAUAGAUUGUUACAAGGCUGGGCCCCCCAUGCGCACCAUAAUUUCCGCCACUGCUUUUCAAUAACUACGAAUCAGAAUUGCCUAUUUUUGGGAAGGGAAAGUGCCUCACCGUUCUCGUGCGACGAUAAUCUCCCCAAAGUUCUUUUCUCCUGGUACCUGAUAAUUCAGUAUCUUAGACUGUUGUGAUGUAUGGAAAUUUCCGAGAAGAAAUUUGAAUCAUCUAUUUUUGAGACUGAAUUGUGGAGAUAUUGGCCUAAGACCUUCCGUACUGUUUCUUUUGAACGGGGCUCAUCAGUAGAAUGUUAUAAACAAGUAACACCGCACCGCGUCAAGAAUGAACAACAACAAACAUACGUAAAUCAGUUAUGUUUAAAAUCUCGCCCC